AUGACUGGACUGAGAAUUCAGAUGGUGUGUCUGAUGCUCCUUGCUUUCAGCUGCUGUGGGAUGUGCACAGAUUCUGAAGAGGAGAUGAAAGUAUUAGAUGCAGACGUACUCAGCAAUAUGUACUCAUCAAAGGUGAAUAAGGCAAGGCUUCCAUACUGGAAAAUGACUCUUCUCAAUGUAUGCAAACUUGUAAACAAUUUCAACACCCAGACAGAGGAAGUAGGGGAGACUGCAGAAGAAGACCUCAUGGUCAGAAAACAAUACCCAACAUCAUUGGAUGCCUUCAACUUGGAAGCAAUGAUGACAGCAAUUCAGCUUCAGAAAAUUUGCCAAAGCAUGACUUUUCAACAUUCAGAGAUGCUUCAACGGGAUUACCUUGAACCCAGCAGUUCAAACAGUGAAAAUGAAGAUAUUGUAAAGAGGAAAACCCCUUAUAUUUUCAAAAGACAGUCCAUUGUAAGCAAAGCCAGGAGACCCUACAUACUGAAAAGGGGUUCUUAUUACUGA